AUGGCGACCGACGCUGGGCCCCUCGAUGCGGCGCCUCUUGCUCAGGCACACGACCUGGCGCACGAGGCAGACCACGAAGCCUUUCACGACACGCAGUCCACCACUUCGAACAUGGCCGACAGGGACGAAGCAGACACGUGCCGCAUCUGUCGUGGCGAGGGUACGGAUGACGAGCCGCUGUUCUACCCUUGCAAGUGCAGUGGCAGCAUCAAAUACGUCCACCAGGAAUGUUUGAUGGAGUGGCUGUCCCAUACCCAGAAGAAGCACUGCGAGCUGUGCAAGACGUCCUUUCGCUUCACCAAGCUUUACCACCCGGGCAUGCCCAGCCGCAUACCUACCGCUGUGUUUUUGCGCCGCGCCGCUCUCCAUGUGUUGCACAUGUUCUUGACAUGGUGCAGGGGAAUCUUGGUGGCCUCUGUAUGGCUGGUCCUUCUGCCUUGGUGCAUGCGUGUUGUCUGGCGCAGUCUGUUCUGGGUCGGUGACGGAGGUUGGGCAGGAGACAUGUACACGGAACUGCCCGAGGCAACGAACCGCCUCCAGCCUAUCAUGUCUGACCCGGCCCACUUGGAAACCAUCCACUCGACACUCGACGCUGCAAGGGCAGCUAAUACAACGCAGAACUUGACCCUGUCCAAGCUCCUUAUGCCUAUAUCGACGACAGCCCAACAUCAGAAUGCAAUCGCAAACGAGCCUAUCUUAUGGACCUUCGCAAAGCGCUUACUCCUCGGUUGGCCGCACUCAGCCAUCACCUUUGUACCCGCUUCAUUGAACAGCACCGACUACAACUCCACAUCUGACUCUUUGGGCUUCCGCAGUCCUUCUCUUCUGUCAGAUAUUUCUUGGUUUCGUUGGUUCAAAUCGCAGACCGCAAACCGUUUCCUCGUUGAUGUUUUCGAGGGUCAGAUCAUCACCAUGCUGGUUGUCGUCGCCUUCAUUCUGAUAUUUCUGAUUCGAGAAUGGGUUGUUCAACAGCAGCCGGUCAUCAACAUGGUAGCCCUUGGGGGCGAUGGUGCUCCGCGCGUAGACAGGGUUGCGGUUCAAGUGCAGGAAGAACAGGCUGAGAAUGUGCGCGAGCAGGCAGACAACGUCGCUCAGCAUGGAGAGGGUACUGGUCGCGAUGAGCCGGUCAUCGCGAGGACUGAGCCUGAGUUGGACGCAAACACAGCAGCCAGAGCGGUCGAGCUUGGGGCCGGCCGACACAACGAUUUUCUCCGUAGGCAAAGGGAACGGGCUGAUGAACUGGUCUUACAAAAUACCGACUUGCCACAAUGGUUGAGAGAUGCUCUCCAAUCCGAAACAACACAGGAGGGGAAAGAGUCUGUCAUACGAAGCUUGUCUGAGGAGCAAGCGAACAUGAUAGGCAUGAUCCACGAUCAGUCCUUGAUUGACGCAUACGCAAGCUUGGUUGCAGAAGAAGAAGGUUCGGGUUCCAAUGCCGCUGCUUUCCCAACGCGCUUCAGCAGCCUGCCCGAACAGCAAGCAGUGAUAUCUGAAAACAUCGAGGCGGACGCUUCCGGAUCUCUACUGCGGCCAGGAAUGCCCGCAAGGGAUCGAUCUUUUAUUGCAACAGAGAUCAGGCGCGGUCUGGAAGAGGGCAACUCAUGGUCAUUUGAUAAUGUACUAACAAGCUCGGAAAACGCCUCUCGCGACGCCGUUCCCGAAAAUUGGGACGAUGAGGGAGCGGAAGAAGAGUCAGGCAAUCAACUGGACGUACCUCAGUCAGAAAACGACCCUAGCAGCGAAGGGAGCAGUGGAAGUUGGCAGCAAGUCUCUGAUAUCAAUAUGGAGGAUGAUUCCGACCAAGCGCUGGAAGGACGAAGUUCACAAAACAAGGGUAAAGGUAGGGUUGUCAACGACCUUCCCCAGAGCGACGAGGACGAAAGUGCAGCUCGGGCGCCUGCGGAGUCUUCGUCAAAUGCCGAAGGUAUUCGAGGAGAAACCGCAAUGGAUGUCGAGAUUGCAGCAGAAUCCUCUACCGGCCAGCCCGAGGCAGAGGAGCAAAACGCUCCACUUCCGGAUGAGGCGUCUGCGGCUGCGGCAAGUGUGGGUGGUGCCCCAGCGGAGGCGCUCGAAGCCUCAUUCUUAGAUCUAAUCUUGGACUGGAUUUACGGCCCUGCAGAUCCUGCAACACGACCUGUAGACGAAACUGCGAACGAUGAACACGUCGUGCGCAAUCUUGACGAAGAGGCGCCUUUCGUUCCUUUCGCUGGCAAUGAACCACUCGAACCGGCCAACGCAGCGAUUCAAGACCCUGAAGUCGCUGCUGCUGCUGCUCAGGCUGGGCUCGACGUCAACGACCAGGAAGCGAUCGAGGACGCAGAAGACCUGGAGGGUAUUCUUGAGCUCAUUGGUAUGCAAGGACCGCUCGUGGGACUCUUCCAGAACGCUUUGUUCAGUGCGGUACUAAUCUCUGCAACCUUGGCCUGUGCAGUUUGGCUACCAUAUCUAUGGGGCAAAGUCGUCAUUUUAUUCAUAGGGAGCCCCGUCUCGCUCUUCAUCAAGCUUCCUCUGCAGAUCAUCGCAACAGUAACAGACUUGGUAGUGGACUUCACGCUUGUGGUGGCUGCGGGCUUCACGUACUGGGUCUCUCGAUCCAUCUCAACAGUCAUCAAAUUGUCGACCAAGGGCGAAGGGUCUGAAUAUGUUGAGAACGUACUUCGCAGUCUCUCUGUACCUGCGCAAUCGGUUGCAAAGAAUGCUGCGCUCCGCAUCACCAAGGUGGUCAUUGACUCAUCACUCUCGCCUCACCCUGGAUACUUCAGGCUAUCCAUCAACUCGCACGCCGCGCUACGAAGCCUCCAGAACUCGACGUCAUCCGUUCUGAACCAAACGAGUCAUGUCUUUGGUUCUGUGCUGGAAGAGGCGCAAGCUGAUUCAUCUUUCGCGCUCCUUUGGAAGGGCCUUGGUCGUGCAGGAAGCAGCGUAGGAGGUCUCAUUCAGAAGAGCAGUGAACUGCUCGCACAGAUGUGGACAUCUAAGUCUUACAAGAUCACUCUCGAUAUGGACCUUGGUUCCACCGAAGAUGUUGCAUCUGCGCUGGAGCAUUGGACAGCAAAAGACCGUCUGAUCGCCGUUACUGCCGGCUACACUUUCUUCGCUCUGGCUGGAGCCGUUUACCUCAGACGUGCGACGCCGCUCAGCUCUUCGCAACAAGGCCAGAAGAUCGAGCGUAUCAUCGCUGAUAUCCUGCAGCAAGCCGGCGGGGUCUUGAAGGUUAUCCUCAUUAUCAGCAUCGAGAUGUUGGCAUUCCCGCUGUAUUGUGGACUACUGCUUGACCUCGCUAUGUUGCCUUUGUUCAAGAACGCUACACUCUACUCUCGAUGGCAAUUUGCUUGUGGGAGUCCAUGGACAGCUGGCUUUGUACAUUGGUUCAUCGGUACGUGUUACAUGUUCCACUUUGCGCUCUUCGUCUCCAUGUGCCGCAAGAUCAUGAGGAAAGGGGUUCUGUACUUCAUUCGCGAUCCGGACGAUCCUACCUUUCAUCCGGUCCGAGACGUUCUCGAGCGUAGCGUCGCCACUCAGCUUCGUAAGAUUGCGUUCAGUGCACUUGUGUACGGAGCUCUAGUCAUAGUCUGCCUUGGAGGAGUUGUGUGGACACUCAGUCGUGUCACAUACGGUGUACUGCCGAUUCACUGGACGACUGAAGCGCCAUCGUUGGAAUUCCCGCUCGACCUCCUUUUCUACAAUUUCCUCACACCGGUCAUCAUCAAGGCAUACAAGCCAGGAGAGAGUCUGCACACAGUCUGCACAUGGUGGUUCAAGAAGUGCGCAAGUGCCCUUCGACUCUCACAUUUCCUCUUCAACGAGAGGAACGAAGAAGAGGAAGGUCAUCACAUCAGGUCCACUUGGUUCGGCUGGCUUAUUGGCCGUAAAGGCGAUAUCAACACACCGCAGAACGAAGAAGAAAAGACAUACGAAGAUGGUACCGCCGACGCUUAUUUUGUCCCUGACGGCCGAUACGUUCGGGCACCUGCUUCAGAUCAGUGUCGUGUGCCUAAGGGGCAAGCCGUCUUCGUAGACGUGGACAAAGACAAUGUGCGCAAGGAUGGCAACACUGAUGGAGGCGUACACAAUUCGGAAUUGGUGCAGAUGGUUUACAUUCCACCUUGGUUUCGUCUGCGCAUCGCAUGCUUUGUGGUUACCAUUUGGAUCUUCAUGGGCGUGAGCGGUAUCAGCGUUACCAUCAUCCCGCUCAUGUUCGGCCGCUAUCUUUUCUCGCUGUUCCUACCUCCGACAGUCGAGAUGAACGACAUCCAUGCUUUCUCACUCGGUGUCUACACCCUAGGCAGCGUUGUGUAUAGCGGCUACCAACUCUACAAGCUUGCCUCUUCGCUCAACCGGCCAAAUGUUUCGCCCUUGGCUACACUGCGCAGCGUCGCAGCAACAACUAGCCGAGUUGGUCUGACAGUGCUCCGCUUUAGCUAUGUAUGGGCAUCGCUUAUCUUCGCUGUUCCCUUUCUCUGUGCCGUACUCAUCGAGCUCUACUUCUUGAUGCCGCUGCACGCCUGGAUGGGUCCCAGUGAGCCGCACGUUGUCCACCUGAUUCAGGACUGGACGCUCGGCUUCCUGUAUUCGCGCCUCGCUGCACGCAUGAUCUUUGCAAACCGCAAUUCUCGACCCGCACAGGCAUUCACCCAGGUUGUGCAGAGGGGAUACCUUUACCCUGACGCCAAGCUCGCAACGCGCUGUUUCGUUCUCCCGGUUCUUGCGCUCUUUGCUGUGGCUGUCGCGGCCCCUGCUCUUCUUGCGUUAGGAGCGAAUUUCACCGUCUAUCGCGGCGCGAGCGAGGCAACUAGAAACCUGGUUUGGCGUCACAGCUUCCCAGCCGUCGGACUUAGCAUUGGUGUGGCUCUGGUGGGCAGAGUGCUUGCAAGAAUUGUCACAAGGUGGAGACUGGUUGUCAGGGACGAAGUGUAUCUGAUUGGCGAGAGACUGCAUAACUUUGGAGAGAAGAAGGCACCACAGGCGAGACAAGAGGCGGGCACGCAGACCAGUACUACCCAGAGUACUGCAGUGCAUGCAGCUUAG